UUCUCUGCAUGAUAAACAGUAUAGAGGCUGCCGCUGCUGCAAUGAUAAAUUAGUCUCUGUUUAGGUAUUUCAGGUAUUAGGUUGAAUGUACAUUAUCUAGUCAGAGCUUGUUUUCUUGUCUGAUAUCCUGCAGCUGUCUUCCGUUCAGUAACUGUAACUGGAAAAGAGCCACCGGCCCUGAGGGGGAGAUGACAAAGGAGGAUGUUUCAGAGCCUGUGGAUGGAGAGACCUUCCUGUCUUCUCAUCAGCGGCCGGUUAUCUACCUGGUGGCCUCCGCACCCAUGCCCAGUGACUAUGAGUUCUCCUUCUUUGACCCCAGUGAGCUGCAGUGCAGGGAGGUUCUUCUGGAUCCCAGAACCACAAUACCAGAGCUGUUCGCUGUCCUCAGGCAGUGGGUGCCCCAGGUUCAGAAGAAUAUUGACCUCAUUGGCAAUGAGAUCUUAAAGAGAGGCUGUGGUGUGAAUGAUCGAGACGGACUGACAGAUAUGAGCCUCCUGCACUACUGCUGCAAGGCUGGGGCCCCGGGCAUCGGUGAUGCAGACACAGCAGCCAGCUUUGCCCGCCAGCUCCUCGGCCGGGGCGCUGAUCCUAACCUUCGCUCCCGCUGGACUAACAUGAGGGCCCUGCACUACGCUGCUUACUUCGAUGUUCCCCAGCUUAUCUGGGUCGUGUUGCAGGCCUCCCAGCUUGGAGAGGUAGAUGCCACCUGCAGUGACUUUGAUUUUGGCACCGCCCUGCACAUUGCUGCAUCCAACCUGUGCACAUCCGCUGUCAAAUGUCUCCUGGAGCUCGGAGCCAACCCGGCUUUCAGAAAUGAAAAAGGACAGUGCCCUGCAGACGUGGUGCCUGACCCUCUUGACAUGCCCGUGGAGAUGGCAGAUGCAGCCGCUGUGGCCAAAGAGCUCCGAUCUUUGCUGAGCAAGGCUUUACCCAGACCCAGCUCUCCGCUGCCUCUCACUCUGCAUACCCAGGCCCCUCCCAGCCUCUCCGAUAAGGCCAGGAUACAGCUCGCCACCAUGGGAAUCCGUCUAGGAGCCCGUGUGGUGAUAGCUGGACAGAAGGUUGGAACCCUACGAUUCUGUGGCAGCACUGAGUUCUCAGGAGGCCUCUGGGCUGGAGUGGAGCUGGACAAACCAGAAGGGAAGAAUGACGGCUCGGUAGCAGGGGUUCAGUAUUUCACCUGUCUGAUCAAACAUGGAAUCUUUGCUCCCCUUUCCAAGAUAAGCAAACCUUUGGAAAGACAUAAAACCAGCACCCCAAAGACGUCUACACCCAAUCGGCCCCCUCGUCGCAUUGACCUGUCCCGUAUCAACUCAAAAAUAAACACAGGUGUUCUCUCCCGCUCUCUGUCCUCUUCAUCCUCUUCACUGGACUCUCGGCAUGGGCCAGGUGGCCGACCUCGUCCACUGCCAAGGCAACGCCUUCCUGCCAGGCAGAGACGGGAGCGUGCUAGUCCCAGGACCUCGCCCUCACUGGCGCUGCAUUCCUAUUCUGUGCUGAAUGCCACAGGUGUCCGAAGCCGAACCCCCUCAGCAGGUAGCUCUGUGUAUGAGGGCCCUGAGGUGCGUCUGGGGGAGAGGGUGCUGGUGGUGGGUCAGAGGACUGGUGUCGUCCAGUUUUAUGGAAAGACCAGCUUUGCUCCAGGCCUCUGGUUGGGCAUUGAACUGGACAAGCCAAGUGGUAAGAAUGAUGGAUCAGUGGGAGGAGUCAGGUACUUCAGCUGCCCACCCAAACAUGGCGUCUUUGCUCCUCCAUCUCGUGUUCAAAGGAUCCAUGGAUCCGUGGAUUGCCUCUCGGAGCUCUCGUCCUCGCGCCUCACUCAUCCGUUCAGCGGUGAGGGGUCUGCCUUCACUUCAAGAACAAUCCGUCGCAGUCUGAGCACCUCAUUGGCCAUCGCCACCCCAAAGGAGACGAGCAGAAGAAGUCCUGUUAGCAGGAGUCGUUCCAACCCUCACCGCCGGCGCAGGAGCACUCUCAGUGGAAGCAGUGGUGGUGUUCCUGCACAUGCAGGGUCCAGUCCCUCAGCCAGCCCCGAUGGACAGGUCAGCCUCCACGUGGGCAUGCAGGUGCUGCUGAACAGCGCCAAUGAGAUGGCGUUCAUCCGUUACCUGGGCACAGCCGAUUUUGCCCCGGGGCUUUGGCUGGGGCUGGAGCUCCGAAGCCCCAAGGGCAAGAAUGACGGGUCUGUGGGGGGGCGCCGCUACUUCACCUGUCGAGCUGGCUGUGGCGUGCUGGUCCGCCCCAGCCGCGUCACCCACCGCGGCAUCAACGGGUCGCGCCUGGUGAACGAGAGCAGCGGAGGACUGUAGUGAAUGGAGUGGAGAACAUUUUCCAUUCAUGUUCCACUGCAAACAUUCUUUCUUUGAGUCAACCAUCAUUGAUUUUCCUCUGUUCAGUCAGAGCUGGUGUGGAUUACAGUAAUCAAACCAGUUAUUAAUAGUUCAAAUUUAAACUACUAGAUUAGUUUUUGGCAAAUUGUAUGAAGCAAAAAAAAAAAGCACUUUAGAAAAUUAACUUUCAAAUCCUCUUAGAAUUUAUCUGGGCAGGAUGUUGGAGGGAAAGUCUUAAAAAGACAAAAACCGCUGCACUAUUUUCAAUCUGAUUGCACUGACGACGUCGACGUGAUUGAUCUGAAUAUGAUAAAAGAAACGGAAUGGAUGUGUACACAUGAAAAACUAUCUCUAGAGAUUAAUGAUUGCAUCAAGUGGAGAUUUGUAUCCCAUAAUUUAGUUGGUAACGUAGCUCUAAGCAAAAGUGUCCAUGUCUUGGUGAUUGGGUGUGCAUGUGUGUAUUAAUUGAGAAGCACUUUGACACGAGAGAGAUUGAUUUUUCUUUUCCAGGUCAUCUUAUAACUUACAUAUAAUUGAUGGGAGUUGAGUCAAAAGUGGAUUUUCCGAAUAUGAAUCAAUGCGAAUUAAAGAGGGUUUAAUUAACCCUAGACCUCCAUCCACCUCCAUCUCAACACAACCGCAUCAACUGGAGUUAUUACCUCCUACACACAACAGACUGACCAUUAACUAACACAGAUGCAUGAUGGGUAUAUUCUGCUGUGGGCUGCAAGAAUCCCUUUGGCUGUGUUUUCUAAUCAGACUGAUGCUGCUGCGGCGAUGUCAUCGAGUGACUGUCUGUUGAAUAACACAGUGAAUGUUGGUUUUAUAAAUAUGUGGACCAGAGUCGGGAACCCAGUCUGAUUCUAAACCUGAUCUGAGUCAGCGAUCACUACUGAAACAUUUCACAACCUGAAUGUGGAUGUGACCCUGCACUCUGUGUUAUACAUGAACAUUGUUCAAUUCCAACGUACUCUACUGCUCUCUGUGUCAGACAAGCAGGAGCAGCUCUACACAGGAAAUCCUCCUGAAGUUUCAAGGACAGACUCUGCUGAGCCGUCUGGGCAACUCAGCAGAGAACGAGGCAUCGAUUGUGCAUGAGGAAAACAGGCCCGCUAUUUAGUAAAACAUUCAUGUACCAUCCAAUUAGGGCGCGGAGGCCACUCCAGUCGCUGAAGAGUCUCCAAUAGCCUCCUCUCAUCGAUCUGUCUGGUCAGGGCCCCGUGAUUGAAAAGCAGUGGUGGUCAGAACCGCUGGUUGUCUGAAACAUCUGCCACAGAGAUAACGCUUGAAAUGAAAAAUUCUUAAUUCCAUUAAGGGCAUAACUGUGAUUUGUCAAUAUUCCAUUUCUCUCAUCUAUCUCAUCUAUAGGUAGGCUUGCGUUCUUUGCAUCUGCGACCCCACUGUAUUACAAAUCACUAGGAUUUCACAUUCCACUGAAGGGUGUGAGCGUCUCUCUGCAUUGUUUUGUGCAGGUAAAAGUUUUCAUGAGCUUCCUGUACAUUUGAAAUGUGAGUGGGGGAUUUGGUCUGAUGCAUUUAUAUGUUGUGGAAAAUAAGAGCAUUUGUAAAGAAUUGAAAUAAAGAUUCUAUUCUACUUUGA